AUUAACAAUAAUUUUGGUAUAAAUUUGCGGGUUUGCGAAUUCAAGUGAGUGUCAGGGAACGACCGUGAACAACGUAGAACAACGCGCGCCGGGUGUGAACAAUAUAAACAUGAAGUUCUUGAUAGUGUUGUCGGCAGUGCUGGGAGUUGCGCUGAGCAGCUCCGGUCUCCCGCUGUCGCCGGCGCAAGAGGAGGCGCUGCGGCGUCAGCUGCUGCAGCAGGAGCAGCGGCCGGCGCCGGCGGCGGCGGGGCGGGACGGCAGCAAGAACGAGUACUGGCUCUACACCAGACGCAACCCGACGGUGCCGCAGUUCCUGCUGGAGGGCGACGAGCGUGCGCUGAACAGCUCGCACUACUCGCGCGGCGCCGACCUGCGCGUGGUGGUGCACGGGCUCAACAACAACGGCAACGCCGCCGUCAACGUGCUGCUCACCGAGGCGUUCCUGCAGGUGGGCGACGUGAACGUGGUGGUGGUGGACUGGCGCGACGCGGCCAACCGCGACUACGUGCAGGCGGCGCUGGGCGUGGGGCCGGCGGGGCGCGCGCUGGGCAACUUCCUGCAGUGGCUGCUGGACGCCACGGGCACGCCGCCCACGCGCGUGCACAUCGCCGGCCACAGCCUCGGCGCGCAUGUCUCCGGCUUCGCGGGCCGCACGCUACGCCAGCGCGUCGCUAGGAUCACGGGCAUGGACCCGGCGGGCCCGUCGUGGCGGCUGAACCCGCUGGCGCUGAACCGCGAGGACGCGCGCUACGUGGAGGCCAUCCACACGGACGGCAACAUCCUCGGCAUCUUCGACCCCAUCGGCCACGCCAACUUCUACCCCAACGGCGGCAUGAACCCGCAGCCCGGCUGCCUGAUAAGCACGUGCUCGCACUCUCGGUCCUACCAGCUGAUGGCGGCGUCCGUGAAGCUGAACCACCUGGUGGCGCGCGAGUGCGGCUCGCUGCUGGCGGUGCCGCUGGGGCUGUGCGGGGGGCCCGUGCGGCGGCUCGGCAACGACGACCUCGACAAGGAAGAAUCCGGUAUUUAUUACCUGAGUACGGAUGACAAGUACCCGUACUACUCGUAGGGAGCAGUGCGCAGUCAGCAGCCGAGCGAUGUUUGCAGUGUGCAGUGUGGCGACUAAGAAAAUGAAGCACAACUGUUAUUACAUAAAAUUAUGUUAUUUGUUCUCAAAUUUCCCCGUAGCCACGUCGUCCUUUGUCCCACGGAAGUAAUACGUUCUAACUUCUAUGCUUAUUCCCACUGAUCAGAUAGCUUACAUUUUUUUAAGAAGUAAAAAUUUGUGUAGUUAACUGACGGUACAAGCAGCGAUUAAUUUUAAUUAAGUUUAAUUAUGUAAAUAUUAUAAUUGUUACAAUUAGGUACUUACCAAAGUUUAGUAUUAAGAAAAAUAGUAAGGAUAUUAAAAUAUGAGUAUUAUUUACAAACUGAGUCUUA